GCGACGCAAAUGUAGCUGUGCUUUUUUCCUAACGAAAGAUGUCAACAAAACACUCCACUGAGAAAGAUGUUUUCAUCAAGUAAAUUCCCUGAAUAUGCUAUUCUGUUUGGCUUGCUGUUAUAAUCACAAAAGAGAAAAGUCAUCUCGUGGGUUUCAACGUUAUAAAGUUUCAAAUACAAGAGGACUCAAUGUCGUUUCUUCGCUGGGUUACUGAGAAAUUGAGUGUGGAGAGCCUGUGGGAUUUGGAGUUUUUUGGAGAGCAAGCUCAGGGACUCUCUCACAGGAAAGCCGAUGAGGACAGUGCGGAGAGUCUGACCUCGCUGCCGCGCCGGGACACCAUGGGCAGCUUUCUCCCCGACAGUAGCGCCUACGAGCCCCUCACUGUCAUCGGUCACGGUCUGGAUCAGCUGAUGACAGUAAACUUAGCUCGGUACAGACCCACAGGGGAACAUGUGGCCAUACGACGCAUUGACCUGGAGUCCUGCACUAAUGACAUGGUCACAUACCUGCAGGGUGAACUGCAUGUGUCCAAGUUGUUCCACCAUCCCAGUAUUCUCCCUUAUAAGAGUAUUUUUAUAGCUGAAAAUGAGCUGUGGGUCAUCACACCCUUCAUGGCUUAUGGCUCAGCAAGAGACCUCAUCUGCUCCCACUUUACUGAUGGUAUGGGGGAGCUGACUAUUGCAUAUAUUUUAUUGGGGAUGCUUAAAGCUCUAGAGUACAUCCACCACAUGGGAUAUGUUCAUAGGAGUGUGAAGGCCAGCCAUGUGCUGAUCUCAGCAGAUGGGCAGGUCUGUAUGUCUGGCCUGCGCAGUAUUUUCAGUCUGAUACGUCAUGGACAAAGGGUCAGGGUGGUCCACGACUUCCCCCAGUACAGCAUCAAAGUCCUGCCCUGGCUCUCCCCCGAAGUGCUACAGCAGAACCUUGAGGGCUAUGACUCCCGGUCAGACAUUUACAGCCUGGGUAUCACAGCAUGUGAACUAGCCAAUGGACAUGUUCCCUUUAAAGACAUGCCUCCCACACAGAUGUUAUUAGAAAAGCUGAAUGGUACAGUGCCCUGUUUGUUGGACACCACUACGAUCCCACCUGAGGAGCUCUCCAUGAAGCCUUCGCGCUCAGGGGCUGACUCUGGCAUCUGUGAGGGUCCUGGAGCUGGACGCCACUCAAACGGAGACCAUGCUUCCACCUCAGCAGGGCACCCCUACAACCGCACCUUCUCCCCUCACUUCCACUCUUUUGUGGAGAUGUGUUUACAGCGUGACCCAGAGAAAAGGCCAUCUGCCACCACUCUGUUAGGACAUCCUUUCUUCAAACAGAUCAAGCGGCGUCCCUCGGAGGCCCUCCCAGAGCUCCUGCGCCCCGUGACGCCCAUCACCAGUUAUGAGCUCCAGACACAGGACUCUCCCUCGGCUCUGGCUAGUCUGGAGUCUGGCCUCAGUCACUUGGACGUGGACGACUGGGAUUUCUGACAAAGGACGUUAUAGUGGGACCUCACCCAUAGGUUACUCAUGAACACUUGAAAAGCUGAAAUCUUGUUUUGUAACAGUUUUGUUGUAAAUAGUACAAAUGUAAAGGAGUUGCUGUUUGACGAGUUAAAGCCAGCAGCCAGGUUGCCUCUUGUCUCUUGCACGGCGCUUUUGCUCUAUAUGCACAGGACUUGCACUGAUGGCCUCUGCCCUGUCCCCUGGCGUACCCCUGUUCAGAUUGUAUUCACUUGAGCCCGCGUAACCAAAAACAGCAGGAUCAAUCCAGGUUUCUGUCCCAAACUGACCAGUGGGAUGCUGCUACUGCAAACUGUUACCUCUUGUCUAGACGGUCAGAUCACGAAGGGUUUAUACUGGCCCCUGCUGCAGAGGACACGGGUAGCUUUCUGCUUUCUGCAGCUUGUCCAGAGGGAAAAUGGCUUCAAAUACAUGUAGACAUCUUUCUUAGACUAUGUUACAGUAACUCCACCAUUGGCUUUGGUAUUCACUGUUAUUGAAAAAGAUGAAGUUAUUUAGCCAAUUACUGGUUCUUAAACAUUUCCCUCACACCUUCUGUACUAAAUGGACCUCACUAACACAAACUCUACUGUCUCUGUCAAGAUAUGUAGUGACUUGUAUUAAUAAUGGCAAUGUAUAAACAGCUGAUAAACCAGGUGAAAGCUUCAAUAACUAGAGCUUAAAGGUGCACUAUGUAACUUUUCUGAUGAUGGUUCUGCCACCUGCUGGUCUUGGUGGAGAUGUUACUUACUGCUUUGCUUGGAAUGUACACAGCUUGGCAUUGAACUCAUGCAUUUAUUCAAUUACAGGUGUUUGUUGUCAAAAAUACCUUGAAAAACAUGUGAGCGGAGACACCUCCACAGAUCUGACCUGUAACUCGACCUGGUAGUCAGCUACUUGUCUCCAUGGAAUUAGAUAAGUUUAAUGCCAAAUUGUGAAACAUUUCAGGCAAAGGAAACAUACGAGUGGAAGGCCUCCCUUAGAAACAGUUUUUAACUAAAGCUUUUAACUAGAACAAAAUAGUCUGGAUUUAUCCCAGAUCUAAAUUCAGACAGGACUUCAGAAUUUAGAUAAUGAAUUUUAAAUAGUACUGUACUAUCAGUGCACCAGUUGACCAGUGGUAGUUGGACCACAGUUUAAACACCACAGUGGAUAGUUUUUCCUUGGACAUAAAUCUGGGCUUGAUGUUCCUUUAUUGUGAAUGUUCUAUUGGUGCUUGUUUUGUCUGGCUGCAUGUAAUGUGAGAGCAAAGCAGUGUGUGGCAAAUGUUACGUUUAUGUAAUAAAUAUUGUUAACUUGAAAGUGCGACACAAACAUGGUUAAGUAUCUAAAAAAUAUGUUUAUUUAAAGUUUACACAGACACAAACAAAACGCGGAGGUCGUCUAAUCUUCCUCUUCUGAUGGAGGUUGUUCGGCUAACGCUGCAUUGUGUUUUUCCAUCUUAGCCAUCAACUCUGAAAUAAAGGGAAAACGAAUUUGAGUUUCAAGUUAUUCUAAAAAAUA